UUUAAGCUUUACCGUGCUCUCAAAGUGAAGCAAGAAAGCUUCAUCGACCAACAACCAAACGCAUUGACCACCACGAUGGCCGCCGUCGCCGGUCGUCGGUCUAAUCCGUAACUCCACCACUUAAGCAUAUUGGUCUCCUCGUCAAGAAUACGAACUCCAAUCAUCGAGAAACUCCAUGGAUAGUCGUAAAUCUACUAGAGAAGUUUCGGCCAUCGCGAGCUUUAACCUCCCCGAUCUCCGUCGUUUGCCGAUGGAUGGAGUUACUUCCGAGAUAUGUUGGUCGCCUUGUUGUCGGGAACAUCUCCACUGUUGCUAUUUCUCGACGGUGGUCCAGAUUAUUGGAACCGAGUACCAAAAGUUUUGUUGGAAUUCUCUCUUUUUUGCACCUCUUGGGAUUUGAUAGAAUCGUUGUUUUGUGUUCGGUUGGUUACAGACAAUGAUAUGAUGCAAAGUGGAUAUGCAUCGUCGGCCGUUUGACGUUGUUAGAGCAUUAUUACCACUGUUACCGGAGGGAAGAAUGUUGUUACCAUCUUUGUUUGUUCAUUUGAUUCACCAUGGUUGCCGUUGGGAAGCAAAUCUGAGACUACUAGAAGGGUGAUGACUGUUUACGGAGAGUUUAGGUGGAUGGGUUGAGUUCGGUGCUGGUCGGUUCUACUCUUUCGACACCAAGCUGAUUCAUGUCGGAUUAAGUUAUUUGAUCUGUUAGAAAAGAAAUGGUUCAUACAACCGGGUCAAUCUCUCCGACAAUUGUUUUAAAACCAAACCUUACACUGUUACACUAAAACAAAUCUUUCAGAUAUAUGAUUUACCAUUUUUUUCAUAUAAUAUAAUAAUAAUAAUUGCAGUGGUUGAACAACUCUUCCCAUUUCAUUUUCCAUAUUUUAAACUGAAGAAAUCUAACCCGGUGUGACAUGCAGGGCUGGGCCAUCUUUGAGUGCUUACAACUAAGAUAGUGCUUAUGGUAAAAAGGCAUUGAUGGUUAUGCAUAGAGGGAUUAUGGAGCAGGAUAAUCUGCCUGUUGUACCUCCUGGAUGUUCAUCGGAAAACCAGAAACAAUUCAGGAUUUUAUCACGAAGGCAAUAGCCGCUCUUGUUUCUGUUGGAAUUGUUAGGGAUACAGUUCUUGGUAAUGUGAAGGAUAUUGAAAAUUCUCUGGCCGAAUAGUUGAUUCUGACAUGCAUGAUGUUGGCCGUUUCCUAAAUUGUUUGUUAGGACUGCCACCUGAUAUUCAGAAUAGGCUAUUCGAGUUGUUCGUAAGUAUCUUGGAUGUCCUGAUUCAGAAUGCAAGAAUCGAAAGAAAACUUGAUUCUGGGAUUGUUGACAUGAAAGCUAACAUCAUUGAAUUACAAGGAAGCCCAAAGACUGUCCAUGUUGAUCAAAUGUCUGGGGCAUCAACAGUGCUGUUUACUUUCACUUUGGAUCGUGGAAUCACGUGGGAGUCUGCAAGUACCAUGCUUGAUGAGAAGAAGAAGGAUGGACUUGGUUCAGCCAGUGAUGGAUUCUAUGAAUCAAAAAGGGAAUGGUUAGGAAGACGUCAUUUUGUUCUAGCAUUUGAAAGUUCCGCUUCUGGAAUGUUUAAGAUUGUCCGUCCAGCUGUUGGAGAGUCAGUAAGGGAAAUGUCUUUGGCAGAACUGAAAAACAAAUACAGAAGAUUUUCAUUGCUAGAGAAAACUCGUUGUGGAUGGGAAGAUGAAUAUGAAGUUUCAUCUAAACAGUGCAUGCAUGGCCCCAAUUGUAAGCUUGGCAAUUUCUGUACAGUCGGUAGAAGAAUCCGGGAAGUAAAUGUUUUGGGCGGUCUCAUUCUUCCAGUUUGGGGCACGAUUGAGAAGGCCCUUUCUAAGCAGGCCCGUCUCAGCCAUAGGCGACUUCGUGUUGUACGGCUAGAAACCACUGCUGAUAACCAGCGAAUAGUUGGUCUUCUUGUUCCUAAUGCAGCAGUUGAAACUGUAUUGCAAGAUCUGACAUGGGUUCAAGACAUUGACGAUUAAGAGCUAGUAGCGGCCAUUCUUUUCCUAAGUGUGAGUUUUGUGACAGCUUUUUGAAGCAUAGACAGAAAAAAUUGCCAUGCACCAUUAUUUGGGAUGGUGCAGCCUUAUUCAUACUGAUUUUUUGUUUGUUUUGCUAUAAUUUUGUAUAUCAAUAUUUU